AGCUUUUGGAACGUGUUUGCAUUCGGGUUCGUGGGCUCCAUCUUGUUGGCUUCCAAAAAGCGUCCAACUUCCUUCCAUUAAACCCGAAGACGGCUCGAGCCAGGAUGAGGGAUUUUGUAGGGAUUCCACACGUGCAACUUGCAAUGGUCCGGGACAAACAUCAAGAACCACACGUACGAAGCACACUUUUCAGGGAAAGAACAACUAUAGGAAGUCUUGAAGUCCGAGUUGUUAGUGGUGAUAGCCAUGGCCAGUGAGGGCCAGAUCUCCAGCGAUAGCCAGACGGAAAGCGAUGAGUUGAGAGGUGUCCACGGUUUCCACCUCCGCAUCGCCCAAAUUCGAGCUUGUUGCAACUUCGAGAAAUUCGACUCAAACGGUGCACCUGCGUCCUUGCACAGGUGCUUGAGGAUCUCUUGUGUGAGUGUUAUCAUGGUGCUGAGUAGCUUGGGAGCCUUCCUGCUGGGCACAUGCCAGGUGGAUCCUUAUGGGAACUCUUGGGAUCUUGAUGAGAGAAGUUUUGACUGUGAAAUUGCUGCAGCCACAAGACACCUAGACAUGAGCUACUGGGGACUCAUGGCGUCUACCACUGUAGCUGGCUGUGGAGCGAUGUGGCUUUGGUGCCAUGCAGCAACACCUCACCUCAUUCAAGCUUCGCGUUUUCUCAUCCUCAACUGGAUCGAGGGCUUGGUCACCCUGAGUGUGAUCCUUUCCGUCCGGACCUACUAUGACCGGUUCCAGCACCUAGAAUCGAUUCCAUGGGUCUCAUUGACCCUCAUACUGCUGUCGAUCAGAGCCGUCCUACUGGUGUGUGAACUGGUGAGCCUGCAGGUGUUGAUCCAGAACCGCCUCCAAAGCAUUUGGCCCGCGCUUCAGCGACCACGACACGGAGUAUGGUUAAGACGCUUGCUUUGGACAGAGCUCGCUUUGCUUGGCAUACUGGCUCCGAUCCUCUUUGUGCAGCCAGUUGUGCAGCCUUACUUCGAAGGUUUUGCUACCGUUUCAGUGCUAGGGGUUCUGCUAGGGGUUUGUGCGACCGUUUCAGGGCUUUUGAUCCCCAGCUGCUUUGUCGUAUGGGUGUUUAUGGUCUUCAUGGCUUUGUGCCGUGUGUUUUCCAUCUUCCGAGCAGCAGUGAAGAUGGUGCAAGAUGCUUCCCCAAAGUCAUCAAGGAUUCUGCGACGUAGCCGCAGAGCAGCUUCGCUCCAGGGUGUUGGCCUUGUGAUCAGUUUAGCCACCACCUGCUUCUCUACAGGUGUUCUAUUCUCCUGGAAUUUAUUCGAGUCGUCUAACAGAACCGAAAUCAGGUUUGUCACCACACAGUGCGUGAAUCUCGUGGUCAACACCGUGGGUGUCAUUGCCUUCUCUGGAGCCUACCGGUUCUGGAGCCUACGGGGUUCUUCCGCAGAAAACUCCGCGAAAACCAGCGGCUUCACUAAGUGUUGCGCUGAACGGCCUACUAGGCCAGACCGGCGACUCGUACGGAACCUCGGCGGAGGAAGCGAAUGGGAGGCGAAGGUCAGGGAGUUGGCCGGGCGAGGAAUCUCUUUGCGGGAACUGCUGCGUUUUUACCGGAGAUUGGGAAGCGAGAUCAUGUUGUCCUACCAGUCAGAUGUGCACACGACCAAUGAUGUGGUAAGACUGGCCAUCAUCCCAUUGACUGCAGCAUCGUGCAGCUCCUAUGCCGAGCUGGUGAAUGGGAAUGAGAGUUUGAUGCCCAAGAAGAUGGUGACUCAUAAUUGGUCCAACCUUUUCCGGGAUUUGCUUGCAAGUGUGGUAGCCGAUGCCAUUGGAGAACACACUUUUGAGUUGAUUUCUGCCUUACUCUCCGAUGAAGCGGGCGUGAAUGCAGUCGAGCAAAUUAUCGAACUACAAGGAAACUUAGAGGUUGUGUAUUGGAUUUGCGCCUUUUCGGUGAACCAACAUGCAGGAAUUUGUGGAGCAAACCCUCGCGGAGAUGUGGACCCCGUCACCAUGCUGCCGCAUCCGGUGUGUUCAUGCAGGAGGCCCAAAUUCUUCAACGAGACGCCGCCUUUGAACGACAGUGGGGAGAGCAUUCUUUGUGAGAUGAACAAAUUUGAUGACAUGAUGAGCUUUCUAGCAUCCACAGAUCCAUCAUUUUCCGAGGUGGUUGCUGUCGAUGCGUCCUUGGAUCUCUUCAGCCGGGCUUGGUGUAUGGCGGAGCUCGCCGAAGCCCAGCGCAUGGGCAUGGGGCAGUGUCUCCUGAUCCGGAACAAAGCAACGCUGCUGAGCAGACAGCACAGUCUGGAGGGCCUCAGAGUGCAAGACAUGACAGCCACACGCAGGGAGGACGUCGAUGCGAUUCUAGCGAAGAUCCCUGACAAGGUGGCGUUCAACCGCAAACUGCAAGAGCUGAUUUUUGACCAGAAGGUGGGGCUUUUGACUGCUUGGAAGCAGGCAGAUGCCUUGCAACAAAUGGAAGAGCUAUCACACGUUUUGAAGUGGGCUCGCAUGUCAACGAUUGUGAAAGAUGGCCUGCAAGUCUGGCAAAAAUGGACCGCUUAAACCUGGAGCGAUGCAAAGAACAGUACUGUAAUUCGAUAUAAUUCGAUGCAAUUUAGGUUUGAAAGCAUGCCUCAUGAUGGCAAGCCUAAAGGGUCAAAAUCAAGGGUGCCUAAAAUGGCUUCAGAGGACAAGUCAUCACUGCAUCCAACCGAAAUUGGAACUGGGGCAACAACAUCACCACAUCAAUGGGUGAAGCGUUGUGCUCAGUGAGGCUAUAAGCGUUGUGUGUUGUGCGCAAUGCCGAAAAAU